AUGGGUAAUGACGGUGGAAGUAUCCCGACACGCCGCGAGCUCGUCCGCGAGGCAGCUCGUGCCCCAAGCACGGCGCAAGUAAAAGAGACUCAGCGCGAGCAGCAAGAACAUUGCUGGACUACCUGUCCACUCUCACACAAGUCCCUAGCCCGACCAAUUGUAUCAGAUUCUGUAGGGAAUCUGUAUAACAAAGACGCCAUACUCGAAUUUCUGCUUCCCGGCGACGAUGUCGAAGGAAUCAGCUCCAAGGCUGAUUGCGAAGAGAUCCUAUGCGGGCGCGUGAAGUCGCUGCGCGAUGUGGUCGAAAUAAAGUUCGAAGUCGACACAGAGCUCACCGAGCACCCUUCAGGCCGACCUUUUGCGCCUCGUGAGCGUCGCGAGGGCUGGAUUUGCCCCAUCACUGCGAAGCCGUUGGGCCCAAGCGUUAAGUCUGUAUACCUUGUACCGUGCGGACAUGUAUUCGCAGAGGAGGCUAUCCGACAACUUAAGGGAGAUAAGUGCCUACAGUGCAACGAAUCCUACACCGAAGAUAACAUCAUUAACAUCCUCACCACCAAAAAAGAAGAUAAGGAACGUCUGAUCGCACGAGGUCAUAAACUUGCCGAGCAGGGUCUCACGCACUCUCUCAAAAAAGCCCCCGGCUCAAAGAAGCGCAAGAAGCAUGCCACCACCGAGAGUGCGACUGAUGCUCCUAGCACCACCGAACCUGCUGCGUCGGAAGUGUCAAAGCAACCCUCUGACCCUAAAAGUCGAAGCAACACUUCCACACCGGUACCUACUAAUGCUUCCAGUAUGGGAAUCAAGAACGCUGCUACUUCCUCGCUCACUGCCCGUGUGUUGGCGGAGCAGGACGAGAAGAAUAAGCGCCGGAAGAUGAUGGGCCGGAAUGAGAAUGUUGACAGUCUUUUCUCCAAGAAGGACUCAGCAUCGAAGAAUCGCGACUUUAUGACCAGAGGGUUCUCCUUUUCAUGA